UUUUUUUUAAAUUACUUGUUGAAAUCUAUAGAAUAACAAAAAGACUUCUGAAUCCCUCUCUCUAUAUUACUUGUGUACUGGUUGUGAGUUUUCAAGACGCAUUAGAAGGGUUCUUUAGUAAUUUCAGCUUUAGUAUAAGAUAUCCAGACAAAUGUGUCUUCCCAGUGUUCAUCAUCAGAUCUCUUGGUUUUACAUAUCCAAUGGCGUCCUGUGUUGCUCAUCUUCCACUCUCAAGUGGGUCUCAGUCUCAUCUUGUGAAAGCAAAUGGAUUGUCCACCACAAAGCUCAGUUCCAUUUGUAAAACUUCUGCAUUGACUGUUCAGAAGAAAUCAAGCCAGGGUCGCAAGUUUUCGGUUUCUGCACGGUAUGGAGACGAAGGGAGUAGGAGAGGAAGUGGUGGUGGUGAUUUCAUAGCUGGUUUUCUUCUAGGAGGUGCUGUCUUUGGCGCUGUUGCCUAUAUCUUUGCUCCACAGAUCAGAAGAUCGAUAAUGAGUGAAGAAGAUGAGUAUGGUUUCAAGAAGCCACAGCAACCAACGUACUACGAUGAAGGUUUGGAGAAAACAAGAGAGACACUGAACAAGAAAAUCGAACAACUUAACUCAGCAAUCGACAAUGUUUCUUCCCGGUUAAGAGGUCGAGAAAAGAACACUUCUUCUCCCAAUGUACCGGUGGAAACUGACCCAGAAGUUGAAGCUACGACUUGAAAGAAACAAACACUUUACUUGGUCUCUGUUUUUCAUUUGUAACCAGAGUUGAAAACAGUUACAUACGGUUAAGUGUUAAGUGCUUCACUUAUUUCUGGUUGCUUCUGUGUACUCAGGCCUCUGUAGACUUCUUGCAAAGCCAGAUAUACAAUCUCGUGUUGUUAGUGAA